GUUGCAGCCUCCGGUGGCGCUGCAUUCUAACUGCUCGCAAGGUAAGCAGAUAACCGCGAAAUGGUGCAAAUCGUCCAGUGCUUGAGCACUCAAGAGGGUCGCUCGUACGCAAGCUAUCAGCGGACUCAACUAUUUUCCGGCCUGAUUCUCGGACAGUGUCGACGCCUUACACCAACCACGCGACUGGGAUACGUGGACACAGCUUAUAGUGCUUCAUAGCAACAUGCUGCAACCAGAAAUGGCGCGCCGAGGGUCGUCGCGGCUACGAGGGGGCACCUGAUACGGGCGCUCGUGUGCCCGUUGUGUACAUCCACACUGGGAUGGACCGCAUCGAGCGCGGAGACCGCACAGAGCGACCGCUGUCCUUGCUGUUCACGGGGGCACCGGGACAGUACCACGACUACAGCUACAACAUCCCAUUCCUCGACCAGAAUGGCGUGGACGUUCUUUGCUUCAACUGGCCCGACUUUGCGUUCAGCUUGGAGACCGGCUACUGGUGGCACAGCUGCGACGAGAAGACCAGUUUAGUCGUCGAUUUCCUCAAGAAACUUGACAUCAACAAGAUCGACAUGCUGGUCAGCCACAGCACCGGAAGUACUCCCGCGGUGCAGCUGGUCGCCGAGGAAACCGACAUUGACGUCAAGUCCUUGGCCCUGCUUAUGCCCAUCGCAACCCGGCACUUCAGGGGCACUCGGAACCCUCUGCUCUUCAAUCCUGCAGUUCAAUGGAUGAUGAAGAGCCGACGCGGAGCGUCCAUCGUCAUGCCCCUCUUCCAAGCGAUCAUGUCGUUGAGCAGGCACCCAACCAGGGGACGACCGCACGACGUCUUCUUCGCCUUCCACUCGUGCAUGGGAUACGAGGAACAUCGGGUUGAGCAGCAGUUAGCGACAAUUCGGCACCGCGCGAUGCCCACCCUCGUGAUAUUCAGCGGCAACGACAAACUCCUCUCAAAUGAAGACAACCGCACACUGCUGCGGAGGUUGGGCAGCGACCCCGAGCGGACCUGGUUAUACGACUCCGGCGGGCACCUCCUCCGGAGAGGUGGUUCCGACGUGGUGAAAGCAAUCGAGCUAAAGGAUGGAUCGCACUACGGAUUCGUACGCUACCCCGACAUCUGCAACGAGGGCCUCGUCGAACUCCUCGACCGGGUGCGACGGCCUGAAUCCAAAGCAGCGGUUGUUAUGGCUCACAAGCGCACUCUCUAAAUCUUUUUUUUAUUUUAUUUUCCCAUCGGAUAGUAAUAAACGAUUAAACGCUGUCUA